GAGAAGUGAGGCGUGGCAUGUGUCUGGCUGGGGCAACUUCUCUCCUAGUCCUGUCAGAGAAGCGUGUGGAGGAUUUACCGGAGCUAGCGGCUUAGUGUGUCACCAUGGCAACUUCACUAACAGCCCGUGAGAUCCGGCAGAGGUUUAUUGACUUCUUUAAAGAAAACGGCCAUACGUAUGUCCACUCCUCAGCUACCGUGCCCCUGGAUGACCCCACUCUGCUUUUUGCAAACGCUGGCAUGAAUCAGUUCAAGCCAAUAUUCCUUAACACGAUUGACCCGUCUCACCCCAUGGCAAAGCUUAACCGAGCUGCCAACACACAGAAGUGCAUCCGUGCCGGAGGCAAGCACAAUGACCUCGAUGAUGUGGGGAAAGAUGUCUAUCAUCACACAUUCUUUGAAAUGCUGGGAUCUUGGUCUUUUGGCGAUUACUUCAAGGAAUUAGCAUGUAAACUUGCCCUUGAUUUGCUCACCAAGGAGUUUGGGAUUGACAUUGACCGACUGUAUGUCACAUAUUUUGGUGGCAACGAGGCAGCUGGUUUGGACCCUGAUCUGGAGUGUAAACAAAUAUGGCUGAACCUGGGUCUCCCAGAAAGCCGGAUCUUACCAGGGAGCAUGAAGGAUAAUUUCUGGGAGAUGGGGGAUACUGGCCCCUGUGGCCCCUGCAGUGAGAUGCAUUAUGACCGAAUUGGAGGCCGUGAUGCUGCCCAUCUGGUGAAUAUGGAUGAUCCCAAUGUUCUCGAGGUUUGGAACCUGGUGUUCAUCCAGUUUAACCGGGAGUCAGAUGGGACUCUCAAGCCUUUACCUAAGAAGAGCAUUGAUACAGGAAUGGGGCUGGAGAGGCUGGUGUCUGUGCUGCAGAACAAGAUGUCCAAUUAUGACACAGAUCUCUUUGUUCCAUACUUUGAAGCCAUCCAGAAGGGCACUGGUGCCAGGCCCUAUUCCGGAAAGGUUGGUGCAGAGGAUGAAGAUGGCAUAGAUAUGGCAUACAGAGUGCUGGCAGACCAUGCCAGGACAAUCACUGUAGCACUUGCUGAUGGAGGACGACCAGAUAACACUGGACGAGGGUAUGUCCUGCGGCGUAUCCUGCGCCGUGCUGUACGGUACGCCCAUGAGAAACUUGGUGCGCCAAAGGGAUUUUUCUCUACUCUGGUUGAUGUGGUUGUCCAGUCGCUGGGUGAUGCUUUUCCUGAGCUGAAGAAAGAUCCAGACCUGGUGAAAGACAUAAUCAAUGAAGAAGAAACUCAGUUCCUGAAAACCCUCAUCAGAGGCCGUCGCAUCCUGGACCGGAAGAUACAGAGCCUGGGGGACAACAAGGUUAUUCCUGGUGACACAGCGUGGUUGCUAUAUGACACAUACGGGUUUCCUGUGGAUCUGACGGGUCUCAUCGCUGAGGAACGGGGACUGAAAGUGGACAUGGAGAGUUUUGAAGAGGAAAGGAAAACUGCUCAGCUAAAGUCUCAAGGAAAAGGGAGUGGCGAUGAGGAUCUUCUGAUGUUGGACAUCUAUGCAAUCGAGGAAUUGCGUGCUCGUGGAGUGCAGCCAACAGAUGAUUACCCAAAAUAUUCCUACACAGCUCUUGAUGAUGGACUUUAUAAGUUUGACAUUGUGAUGGCGACGGUGCAGGCAAUUCGCAGAGCGAAAACGCUUGUGGAGGAAGUCAGCACUGGGCAGGAGUGUGGGCUGGUGCUGGACAAGACCUGCUUUUACGCUGAGCAAGGAGGACAGACGUAUGAUGAGGGUUACAUGGUUCGAGAGGAUGAGAGCAGCGAGGAUAAGACAGAGUUCACCGUGAGGAAUACACAGAUCCGUGGAGGUUUCAUACUACAUGUGGGCACUGUGUAUGGGAACCUGAAGGUUGGCGAUCGUGUCAGUCUUUAUGUUGAUGAGACAAGACGUCGUCCAGUCAUGAAGAAUCACACAGCUACCCACAUUCUGAACUUUGCUCUACGAUCUGUGCUCGGGGAGGCUGAUCAGAGGGGAUCAUUAGUUGCUCCCGACAGACUUCGCUUUGAUUUCACUGCUAAGGGGGCUCUAACCACUGAGGAGAUUCGCAAAACAGAAGAGAUUGCAAACCAGCUAAUCCAGGAAAACAAGGUGGUUUAUGCAAUGGAAUGUCCUCUCGCAGCUGCCAAGGCCAUCCAGGGAUUGCGUGCCGUAUUCGAUGAGACCUAUCCAGAUCCUGUGCGUGUUGUAUCUGUAGGAGUACCUGUGGAUCUGCUCAUGGCUGACCCCACAGGGCCUGGAGGCUCCUCAACAUCUGUGGAGUUCUGUGGUGGGACUCACUUGAAGAAUUCUGGCCAUGUGGGCCAAUUAGUCAUCGUCACAGAAGAAGCCAUUGCUAAAGGUAUCCGCAGAAUUGUUGCAGUCACUGGGUCAGAGGCUGUAAAGGCUGUGCGCCGACAGGAUGCAUUAAAUGCUGCUCUCAUUGCUGUGGAUGAAAAAGUAAAGCAGCAGACCUCUCCCAACAAGGACCUGCAGAAAGAAAUAGCAGAACUGAGUGAGAACUUGGCUACUGCAGCCAUCUCUCAGUGGAAGAAGGAUGAGCUGAGAGAACAAAUAAAAACAUUGAAGAAAACCGUGGAUGACCUUGACCGUUCCUACAAAGCCGAAAUUCAGAAACGAGUCCUAGAAAAGACAAAACAGCUCAUUGAAGACCAGCCUAAUCAACCUGUUCUGGUCCUGGAAAUGGAGAGUGGAGCAUCUGCUAAAGCUCUGAAUGAAUCCCUGAAGCUCCUGAAAUCCCACUCGCCCCAAACUGCAGCCAUUAUGUUCUCUGUGGAUAAUGACUCUGGGAAGAUUACAUGUUUGUGUCAGGUGCCUCAGGAAACUGCCAAUAAGGGGCUAAAAGCAUGCGAAUGGGUAAACAAAGUGUCUGAACUCAUGGAAGGGAAAGGAGGCGGUAAAGACACAUCAGCACAAGCUACAGGAAGGAAUGUUGGGAGUCUGUCCGAGAUUCUGAGGGUCGCUGAAGACUUUGCAAAGCUAAAGUUAGAGUCUGUGAAGAACUGAACUACAGAAUCGAAUAUAUAUUGCCACACUAACCCCUCAUCUUAAUAUUUUUAUCGCCAGCAACAAUGUGCAGAAAAAAAGGUGGCCUUCCGUCCAGCUCUGAAGGGGUUAAUUCCAUGGACCUUUUGGUGGUACAUAUGGUAUGUGGGGGGUGUCACCCUCUCAUUGCCCUGGAAGGACUGAUUUUUCCAGAAAAGGGAAUGUUACAUGUUUUCUUGUUCAGCUGUCCUAGUACAUUGCCGAGUUCAAGGGACAGAGUAGUAUUAGUUCCUCUCAGCAUGGACCUGCGCUAAUGCCGAUGCUGGGAUAAUGUCAAAGCUCUUCUGCUGGACUCUGGUCCUGUGUUUUUGCCUGCUGCCUUUACAGGCCAGUUAGACGUGUUAUAGAAUGCACUCUAGGGUAACCUGGGACGUAGCUGCUACCACUCCCUACAUUGUUACUUUUCCAGCAAUGCACGGGUUAAUGUUUCUAGGCUCCCCACCUUCUAGUGAAAUUUACUCUUAGCAGAUUUGGAGAAAUGACUUGCCUGUAAUUGGGAAGUGUAACUGAAAAGCUUGUAGAAACUCAUUCAACGUUCAUAACUGCACGUCAUUCAUGUCAAAUAAAACUGAUGCAACUUGAA